CUGACAUACCUCGUGCAGGCGCUGCGGGUCAGACCAUUCUCUCGCUCUGUAGGGGGGACCCGCGGUAUUGGCGAAAUCUCUUGCGACACCCGCCGGCCCCCCUACUCGCGGCAGCAUUACACCCGGUGCGGGCGGUGUAACCAUAUGUCCGCGUUGUUGUGACACUGUUUCCCGGAGUGUACGGUCUGUAUCCCCCCCACCCCCCCGUUACAGUGUCCUCGCCUAGAGAGCAGUCAGCUGUCAUGUGAUGUAAACAUGGCGACCUGACAGGUUUAUUUCUAUUUGUUUUAGCCCGUGUUGAAGCACCGCAGCAUUACAUGGCUGCUGGUUGGGUUCCAUGAGACCAGCAGCUCUGUGACGUCUUUGCAUUUUGGAUUAGAGGACUCUCGGCAGACAACAUGAAUGCCAUGGUGGCGCUGUGCCACUUCUGUGAGCUCCAUGGACCACGCACUCUGUUCUGCACCGAGGCUCUGCAUUCUCCGCUGCCCCAAGGGGCUACUUGUGGGGACACUUUGGGCCAUGGGGAGCAGGCGGAGGAGGAAGAAGGGGGCAUCCAGAUGAGCAGCAGGAUCCGUUCACACAGUCCUGCGGAAGGAGCUAGCGCAGAGUCCAACAGCCCCAGGCUCAAGAAGUCAGACAUGUGUGAGGGCUGCCGGUCUUUGGCUGCUGGACAUCCUGGAUACAUUAGCCAUGAUAAGGAAACCUCCAUUAAAUAUGUCAGCCAUCAGCACCCCAACAAUCCGCAACUGUUCAGCAUUGUGCGCCAAGCCUGUGUGCGGAGCCUGAGCUGUGAGGUCUGCCCCGGUCGGGAAGGUCCCAUCUUCUUUGGGGACGAGCAGCAUGGCUUUGUGUUCAGCCACACGUUCUUCAUCAAGGACAGUCUAGCACGUGGAUUUCAGCGCUGGUACAGUAUCAUAAUCAUCAUGAUGGACAGAAUCUAUCUGAUCAACUCCUGGCCCUUCCUGUUGUCCAAGAUCCGAGGGGUCAUAGAUGAACUUCAGGGAAAGGCACUAAAAGUGUUUGAAGCAGAGCAGUUCGGCUGCCCACAGCGCCCCCUUCGGAGUAACAUGGCAUUCACACCCUUCGUGCACCAGAGAAAUGGCAACGCAGCUCGCUCCCUGACCUCUCUCACCAAUGAUGAUAGCCUGUGGGCCUGCCUGCACACCUCCUUCGCUUGGUUACUGAAGGCUUGCGCCUGCCGUCUGACUGAGAAACUGCUGGAAGGAGCCCCUACAGAGGACACGCUGGUGCAGAUGGAAAAGCAGGCAGACCUAGAGGAGGAAGUGUGCGCUGCCUUGGAGGGUCAUGAGGGUGAACAGGGAAGAUCCAGAAGCCAGUCUGACGUUAUAAAAGGACGCGAGUUGUCCAAGUGUCACACAGAAUCGUCAUCCCUGUCAGAUUGUAGCUGGAACAUCCAGACUCGCAGGACAGCCGUGUUCAGGUCUCUGCGGCACAUGAGACAGGUGCUUGGUGCUUCUGCUUUCCGCAUACUGGCCUGGCAUAUUCUGAUGGGGAACCAAGUCAUUUGGAAAGGACAGGAUCGAGAACUCAUAGAAUCUGCUUUUGACGUCCUACAGGCCAUGCUUCCUGUGGGCUGUGUCCGUGUGAUCCCAUACAGUGAGAAGUACGAGGAUGCUUAUCGCUGCAACUUCCUUGGAUUAAGUCCUCAGGCUGAGAUCCCUCCACAUGUGCAGUCAUCUGAAUUUGCUGUCAUGAUUGAUGUCCGCACAGCUCCACGCUCAAACCUUUAUCCUGUUUUAUUUGUUGACGACGAGCCACUCAGCAAGUAUGAAUUUGAGGUUACGAGUGGGAGCCCGGUGGCCACAGACAGGGUGGGACUGACGAUCCUCAGCAAGAUAGAAGCUGCUCUCAGCAAUGAGAACCUGUCUAUGGAUGUGGUGGAGCAGUGCCUGGUGUGUCUGAAGGAGGAAUGGAUGAACAAGGUGAAGGUCCUGUUUAAGUUCACAAAAGUGGAUAGUCGCCCCAAAGAGGACACCCAAAAGCUGCUGGGCAUCCUGGGGGCUUCAGAGGAAGACAAUAUAAAACUGCUUAAAUUCUGGAUGACCGGGCUCAGCAAGACCUACAAAUCCCACCUUAUGUCCAGCGUACGCAGCCCCACCUCAUCAGAGUGUCGGAGCUGAAUGCAUUGGGCUGCGGAAGAAGAGAGCCUUCACGUUGCAGCCAACCGAGGGAGAAGCAGCACUGCAACAUAUGUCAUACAAUCAGGAACCCUAUUUUGACAUAAUUGCUUGUAGUGAACUCUAAGAGGAGACUAACCCACCAGUAUGAUCAAAAGUUAACUACACCCCAUGGAAGAGACAGGAUUUCCUACAAUGUGCUGCAGCAGUGGACAAUAUGAUCUGCCUUAGUAAGCCAGUCCGUGACUUGCUCCUUUGCCUCCAGUACUAGAUACGUGUUAUUCCAAGGAUUCGGUUUUCUAGCAUACUGAUAACUAGGAAGCAACUAAAGAGAAAGGUGCGAAAUAUCAAACAAACUGCAACAGUAGACUUUAUGCUGUGCUAUUAUGUUGUCUUUAUAUUUCAGUCCCUAAAGCUGAAGUUACCUAAACACUGUGGAUGAAAUAGUUUUGUGGACUGAGUGUGUGAGAAUGGAGCCUACUAUUCACUAAGAACUUUCAGUGAUGUUACUGGUUCCCUGAGAAUCGCCAGGCUGCAGCUCAUACGUCAUGCUUUAGCCUAAAAAAGUUCUGCGCUGAAUGUGUGUGGUCGUUAUGUAAGUGCAGAAAUAACAAAAGGAUUGGGGAAGCUUUAUCCUAAAUUAAUUGUACAAACAAGUUAAUCGCACCGACUAUUAUUAUUGCUUGAGGACUCGAGAGUUUUGUUUUAACUUUCUAUUCUAACAUUCAGAAUGUCUUUUUAAUUCAGUUUACUGAGAUGUCUGUUUUAGCCACGUUAUUUAAUAGUAGGAUUGUAUAUUUACUUUGUGUAAUAAUUAAAGCUAUUUUUGUAAACCAGACAUUAAAUUAUAAAUGUAUACCGAUAGAAAAGCAUCAAUACCUCUGUGUUCUAAAGCGGAUAUAACAAUAUUUAUUCAUCUUUAUAAUCUCUUUCUGAAAGAAAUGGACCGGUAAGUAAAUUGAAGGUGGCAUAAGCAGGACUCAUGACCGUAGGCUUACUCCGCAUUUACACUCAGCUAGUGGAACAUGCGGCAGAUGAUGCUUAGAAAAAAAAUAGAUAAUGACUCUCUACUAGGAUCACAGCAGACAUAAAACUUGACAUUGGAGGCAUCCCAUCCGUUAGGGGUCACGGGAGUACUCUUGGAAUAUGGACGGUGCAAUAGCAGGGAUAGGCACAUUUAAAUGUGUAACCCUCCUCCCCCUCCAUACUCCCAAGAUGCUUCAGUGUUAUUUAUAUGCCUUCAUGGGAUAGCAUGUUCUGGACUGAAGCUCCAGACUUUAAUUUUUAAUUUUUACCCACAGCCCUGCCCAGCUUAUUAAGAAGCUUGGGCCCGAGUCUGUGUGGGCUGCUACAGGCAGCAGAGGCUUGUCCACGCUUACACAAGAAGCCCCACCAUAGACUUUCAUCAGCAUACGCUGAUUCCAGCCAUGGUUGAGGGAGCAGGACAGCGCUUGGAGAGAAGCUCCGUCGAUGCUCCAGACUCCAGAUCAGGUACUGAGCGGGCGGCAGCGUGAGUGUGUCUGUGCUGGGCUGUCUAUAGCGGUGGUCAGCCCAUGCUGCCGCUGCUCCGGAGGUGGGGGUGUUUUAAUCUGUACGCGCUGCAAGACACUCUGCGCCCAUCCCCACCGCUCCCCUCAUAUGCAGGGGAAUGGCGCAUACACCACCACCGCUGGUCCCUGUCACCGCUUCCAAACAGCUCACAUAUAGCUGCAGGGCUGCGGAAGGAGCCUUUCGCUAGUGAGGUUUCCGGGGGACUGGCGCUAUCGGCUGCCGCUGGUCCCCCGUCCCCGCGUCUCAAAUCCCAGCCGCGGUCAGCUCACAUAUAGAGCUGCCGUGCUGCGGGAGGGGAAGGGCGCUUUCCGGCGCUCCCUAAGUACUCGCUCUACCAGUGGGGGGGGGAGGGGGAGUGGCGGUCCCAGUGUCUCAUAGCACUGUGGGCUGGGACUGCAUCACUUGCAAGUGGCUAUAGGGGGCAAAGCAGGCUAUUUAACCGAUGCUGAGAAUGUUUGUGUAACAUUUAUUUAGUCCAGCUUACUAUAGUAUGUAUUGCAUAGUUUGAUGUAUAUGUUGAAAGGCAACAAGCACAUGGUGAGAUGCCAUCUUAUACAUACUUCCUGGUUCUUCCUUCAGGAAGUUUGGUGAGGUCCUACAACACUCGGCCACUGAAGGGGGCAGGGGUGUUGGUAGGGUUUUGUAGUGCAACACAGACUUAGUGUGUACACGAGUGCAGUGCACUCAGUCUAAUACACACUUUAGUUUUUAUUAUUGAGUCAUGAAAAUUCACGGUAAUACUGUUGUGUAUAAAGUCUGUCGCUGUACAUCAUAAGCUAAUGAAAAAUCUAAAACGCAGCUUGUCUGAUUGUGUUACGUGUUGAAACUUUCUCUGGCACAGUAAGUCUUGCAAAUACGUGUCUAAAUAAGGACCUCUGCACUGAUCCUCCUUAGGCAAUAAUGACAGGUGUGAUGGCUGAUUUUGCAUCAGAUUUGUCCGCAGCACGCAAAGAUCAUGAGGCGGCUAGUGGGCUCAGCAUAUUUCUAGAAUUGCAUUCCAUCAAAACCAGAUCUUGUAUCUCAGCGAAACAAGAGGAGGGUGAUUUGGACCAGGAGUCAGCUAGUAAGGUCACUGAGGCCCGGACAUUGAUGUCCUCUUCAGAGAGGUACACCAAGUGCACACUAAGACAUUGUUUGCUAAAUGACAAAGGGUGGCUGUGUGUUUUCUUUAUUCAGCUUCUCUUAAUAAGUAGUUGGUGUAAGCAUGAAGAAAUCCAGAUAAACGUUUUUGUGCCAAAGCGAUUUCUGUCUAACUCCCCUUUUCCAGGUUAUGACAACUAAAUGGGAAAAUACGCCACCAGUGGUUUAUUCAGUUUCAGAACUUUAAAACAAGUUAUCUAUUCCAGUCCCAGCUGCAACGACGCUAAAAGACUCAUCAGAGCGUAAGCUGGAGACCAUGUUAAAAUCCAUGUAUACAGCAGCAGGAGUGUUGUUUGGUCCUGCUUUAGUUGGAUGGGUUAACAAGGCAGUAGUUGCAUGGUCAAAACAACUCUGGUUAGGCCUACAACAGGGUCUUUCCUCAGACCAGAUUGUACUUUUUGCCGACACAUUUUUAAAAGAUCCACAGGUGGAGAUAAUUAUCUCACUUGUGGUUUUAUGAGACCUCAAAAACAUAAACUGUUUGGGGUCCCGAGGACAGAGUUUGAGAACCUGUGCACUAGGCGAUGUCGUAGUCAAAAAUAUUACAUAAAGAGAACAUACAAACUACACACAUCAUAAGUCGCUAUACUUGCAAAUAUGCGCAGCGAGCACAGCAAUAUAUGGUAACACAAGCAUUUACACGGACAUGCCACAGAGAUGGAUUCAACACUUAUUUCAUGCAGUACAUAAUUGUGGUGGUAUCAAGCGCCAGACAUCAUGAUGAUUUAGAAUUGUAUAUGAUGGAGUGGUAUCAUGUAUGUGUAUUAUUUGAACGAAGCAAGAUAGACCUGUCAUAUUUACUAUUAAAACAACCAGAUUAAUGUGUAGAUUCAUUUGAUACUUGUUAUUAAGUUGUAGGACAUUGCAACACGGAAUUAUGAUUACAUGUAUGAAAGCUAAAAAUCACUCUUAUUAGAACAAUAGAUAUUCCAAACAGGUAGAGGACAGGAAACUCAGGCCAGCCCUUUGGAUGUCUUCAAGGCUGAACCUGAUCAGCAUAUACAAAGAGAAUAGUGACUCAUCAUGAAUCCCUCCCCCAGAAACUAGAUAACACAUUGCUGACCACACAGGAAGUUAGUGGCUUUUUGGUCUCAGAGGAUGAUGGACUUGCUGCCAGUUCAGUUCCUGUAUUUAUUUACAGAGAAAGAGAGACAUAAGAUGCAUUGGAGGGAAUGGUAAUUGUAUCGCUGGCCUGUAACUAUGUAAUUGUAUGUAACUAUGUAAUUGUAUGUAACUGUAUGUUUUAACUGCUUACUGUGUGAGUGUAACCAUGUAACUACAGGUAUACUGUACUUUGUAAUAUAUAUUGAAUCCAUAUCCUUUUUAAUAACAAAUAUAUACAUCAAUGAGCUUUGGAACUCAGAUAAUGUGUGGGUGUAUUGUUUUCUAUUAUGGGAUGCAGUGUUUUGCGAUAUAUAGCGCACAUUCAUGGGAUAUGGUAAUAAGAGGUGCAGGCGUUUACAAUACAGGUUGAGUAUCCCAUAUCCAAAUAUCCGAAAUACGGAAUAUUCCGAAAUACAGACUUUUUUGAGCGAGAGUGAGAUAGUGAAACUUUUGUUUUCUGAUGGCUCAAUGUACACAAACUUUGUUUAAUACACACAGUUAUUAAAAAUAUUGUAUUAAAUGACCUUCAGACUGUGUAUAUAAGGUGUAUAUGAAACAUAAAUGAAUUGUGUGAAUGUAGACACACUUUGUUUAAUGCACAAAGUUAUAAAAAUAUUGGCUAAAAUUACCUUCAGGCUGUGUGUAUAAGGUGCAUAUAAAACAUAAAUGCAUUCUGUGCUUAGAUUUAGGUUUAGGUCCCAUUGCCAUGAUAUCCGAUAUCCAAAAUACCUCUGGUCCCAAGCAUUUUGGAUAAGGGAUACUCAACCUGUAUAUAUUAGAGCGGGCAUUUUAAAUAUUUGUGAGAAAUCAAUUUGGCAUUCUUAGAUGGGUGCUCGUCCGGGAUAUCACGUUCUUAAUGAUGCACUGUACAAACGCGGCUGUAAUUGACCGGCUCCAAUGGACGCAUCGCGAAGCUGAUGAAAGUAACAUCCACGUUAAUGUAUUGUUGUGUUAUCAGUAAGCCGCUGAUAUGAAAUUCAAGGGACAAUACGUUUCUCAUAAUAUUUAAGAUGCUAAAAUGUAAUUUGAACCUUGUUUUGCAACAAUAAAAAAAGUCAUAUUGUCUUUGAUUCA